UCUAAAAUCUUCUAUCUAAUUUAAGCACAUGUUCUGAAUUUAUGAUGGAUUAAUUCAUGAGCCUUUAGCUGCUUUCUCUAAAAGUGUUUACUCUUCCUUCAGGUUCUAGAGGAGAAAUCCUGACAAAUACGCUUCCUGUUGAUGCUGUUUCUGUCACUUGAUCAGCUUGACUAGAGUCGCCUAAGAUCUUUUGGCAUGUCUCAACCAGACAGUGUCUGCAUUUCGGACAAGUCAAAUGUUGUUGAAGCCACUUGUCAAUGCAACGAACAUGGAACCCGUGGUUGCACUUAGGGAGCAGCCUAAGCUUUUCACCGCAAACAAAAUCUGACAGACAGAUAACACACUCUUCACCAAUCCCAGACAGGUUCAUCUCAUGUGUGUAACUCACGACAGGGAACAUUUUUAGAGCUUUCUUCUUGAUUCCUUUGUUUGAUGAACUGUGUGGUGUUAAAA